AUGGGGAGAAUAGGCAGAAUAAGAAGCAUAUUGUCCACUCCAUGUGUUGGUUGUGUACAAAACCAAUGCAAAUGCAGUGGAGAUAAAGGAUCCCGGGGUCCGCCCGGUCUCCCGGGGCCAAUUGGCGCACCGGGACUUUCCGGUCAUGUGGGACCUGAAGGGUUAAUCGGCGAUAAGGGGGAUAAAGGAGAUUCAGGUUCUUUUGGGCCACGAGGAGUGAAGGGUGACCGGGGUAAAAUGGGAAUGCCCGGCUUUCCCGGAAUUAAUGGCAUACCUGUAAGUCUAGUUGUAAUGGGGUUCCGGGACCCGUUGGACCGCGUGGACCACCAGGACUUGACGGUUGCAAUGGAACCGAUGGUUUACCGGGAUCACCAGGGUCUCAUGGUUACGAUGGGCCGCCCG